AUGUCGAGCAUCUUCAAGAAACUCGAGCAGGGCCUCGCUGGCGUCUUCGGCUCCGACGAGGAGAAGCACUCGCACACUCACGAUGGGGCUGAGUGCCAUGCUGACUUCCACGCCGAGCACGCGGAGAACCGCUAUGCUUCUUUUGCUCCCCAGACCUCUGGCCAGGUCAAGUGGCACGUCGAUGGGUGCGCCUACUUCUGGGCCCUGUCUGAAGCCCUCGAGAAUGCACAGGAGUCCAUCUUCAUCCUGGACUGGUGGCUGUCCCCAGAGUUGUUCCUGCGCCGGCCCCCGGCAAAGAACAACAAGUACCGCCUGGACUACAUGCUCAAGGCCGCGGCCGAGCGAGGCGUCCAGGUCAGGAUCAUCGUGUACAAGGAGGUUGCUCAGGCCCUUUCCUGCAACUCGGCGCACACCAAGCACGCCCUGGAGGACCUCCAUGAGAACAUCAAGGUGUUCAGGCAUCCGGAUCACAUGCCCACCAAGGACAGCAUCAACGCCGAGAUCAACACUGCCUUCCACAACCUGACCCUUGGCGCCUUCAGCCUGUCCAAGAUGUCCGGAGACAGCCUCAAGACUCUGUAUGGCACCCAUGAUGAUGUUGUGCUGUUCUGGGCCCACCACGAGAAGCUGUGCCUGAUUGACCACAACGUUGCCUUCAUGGGCGGCCUCGACGCCUGCUUCGGCCGUUGGGACACCAGCACUCACCCCAUCGCCGACGACCACCCCGGCAAUGUGGACGGCAUCAUCUUCCCCGGCCAGGACUACAACAACGCACGUGUCUACGACUUUGAGGGCGUCGACAAGUGGGAGCAGAACAAGCUCGACCGCACCAAGUUCUCGAGGAUGGGCUGGUCGGAUAUCAGCAUCUCGCUGGUCGGCCCCAUCGUGAAGAGCCUGGAUCUCCACUUUGUCGACCGGUGGAACUACAUCUGGGGCCAAAAGUACAACCACGACGGCAACACAAAGUACCAGAGUCUCGAGGACACCGACGUUUCCCACGCCCCGCCCAGCCGGAGCCUGCUCGAGGAAGGGCAGUACGAGGCCGGCCAGAUGUUUGGCGGCCUCCAGCGUCACUUCACCAGGGGCCUGAGCCGUGCCUGGGGCGAGGAGCCGCGCGAGGAACCACGCAACGAGGAGGCGCACAUCCAGCUUGUGCGGAGCUGCUGCCCAUGGUCCUCUGGCCACCCCACCGAGCACUCCAUUGCCAAUGCCUACAUCGACGCCAUCACAAACGCACAGCAUUUCAUCUACAUGGAGAACCAGUUCUUCAUUACUGCUACCGACGACGAGCAGAAGCCGGUGUACAACAAGAUCGGCGCGGCCAUCGUGUCCCGUAUCAUAAAGGCACACCAGGCCGGCGAGAAGUUCUCCGUCAUCGUCGCCAUGCCAGCCGUCCCCGCCUUUGCCGGCGACCUCAAGUCCGAUGGCGCCCUGGGUACGCGGGGCAUUAUGGAGUUCCAGUACAACUCCAUCAGCCGUGGCGGCCACUCCAUCAUUGAGAAGUUGACGCAGGCCGGCAUCGUGCACCCGGACCAGUACAUCAGCUUCUACAACCUGCGCAACUACGACCGCCUCAACACCUCGGCUACCAUGCAGCGCGCGCAGGACGAGUCGGGCGUGCAGUACGACGACGCCCGCCGCGAGUUUGACGACUACGUCGAGAGGGGAUACGACGGCUACUCGCGCGACGAGAACGUCGAGGGCCGGCUGGGAAGCCAGUACCGCCGCUACCAGGAGGCGGCACAGCGCCAGGACGACAACACGUGGGACACCAUCUCGGCGGCGUACAUGCAAAACGGGCCGGACCUGGACUCGAUCCCGUGGGAGGGCGACCCGGAGUCCGAGAUCGACGCCUACGUGUCGGAGGAGCUGUACAUCCACUCCAAGGUGCUGAUCGCCGACGACCGGCUGGUCAUCUGCGGCUCGGCGAACCUGAACGACCGGUCGCAGCUGGGCACCCACGACUCCGAGAUCGCCGUCGUCAUCGAGGACCCGACCCCCGUGCGCUCCAAGAUGAACGGCGAGGACUUCACCGCCUCCAAGUUCGCCGCCAGCCUGCGGCGCCAGCUGUUCCGCAAGCACCUGGGCCUGCUGCCCGACCAGCGCUGCGACCGGCCCGACGCCAACUUCCACCCCGUCACCCAGGGCCCCAACGAGUACGACUGGGGCUCCGAGGCCGACCGGCUGGUCGAGGACCCCAUCAGCGAGGAAUUCCAGCACCUGUGGCUCAAGACGGCCCGCACCAACACCGAGGUCUUCAGCCGCGUCUUCCACAACGUUCCCAACGACGUCGUGCGCACCUGGGACGACUACGACUCCUUCUUCAGCAAGUACUUCAUCGUCCCCGGCUCGGACGAGGAGGCGAAGCUCAAGAAGAAGGAGGAGAAGGAGCAGAAGGAGAGGCUCAAGCGGGAGGCUGCCGAGCGCGGCGAGGAUGCCGGCGAGGACGCCGGCGAGGACAACGACGCCGGCGAAAACAAGGAGGAGGAAGAGAACAAGGAGGAUGUGGAGGAGGAGGAGAAGAAGGAUGAUGGCGACAAGGAGAAGCCUACCAAGGUCCCCUACGGCCACGUCGUCAAGAGCGAGUUCCCCGGCGGCGUCCAGGAGGUCAAGGACCAGCUCAAGCGCAUCAGGGGUACCCUGGUGGAGAUGCCUCUCAACUUCUUGGUCGAUGUUAAGGACAUCGCCAAGUCUGGCCUGUCGCUGAACGGCUUCACCGAGGAGAUCUACACGUAA